GCUGGGCGGCGGCGGCGCGCGGGCGGCGAGGAGGCAGCGGGCGGGCGGCGCUCGCCGAGCCUAGCAGAGGGAGCAGGCUUCGGGGGGCAGCGUGCUAGCCGGGGACAUGGAGCCACCCGGAGGGGGCCAGGGGCCGGGCCGCGGGACCCGGGACAAGAAGAAGGGCCGGAGCCCGGAGGAGCCGCCCGCGGCUGGCGGUGGCGGCGGCGGCGACGGCGGCAAAUCCAAGAAAUUCACUUUGAAGCGGCUCAUGGCAGAUGAGCUGGAGAGAUUUACCAGUAUGAGGAUAAAAAAAGAAAAGGAAAAGCCUAAUUCUGCUCAUAGGAAUUCAUCUGCCUUCUAUGGUGAAGAUCCUUCUGCACAAUCCCUUCAGGAUAUCUCAGAUGAGCAAGUAUUAGUCCUUUUUGAACAAAUGCUGGUGGAUAUGAACCUGAAUGAAGAGAAACAACAACCUUUAAGAGAGAAAGACAUCAUCAUCAAGAGGGAGAUGGUGUCCCAGUACUUACACACCUCGAAGGCAGGUAUGAGUCAAAAGGAGAGUUCUAGAUCUGCCAUGAUGUACAUCCAAGAGCUUCGUUCAGGCUUAAAGGAUAUGCCUCUGCUUAGCUGCCUAGAGUCUCUUCGUGUGUCACUUAACAAUAACCCUGUCAGCUGGGUACAGACCUUUGGAGCUGAGGGCCUUGCAUCCUUGCUGGACAUACUUAAACGACUCCAUGAUGAGAAAGAAGAAUCUCCUGGAAGCUACGAUAGCCGUAAUAAGCAUGAGAUCAUUCGCUGCUUGAAAGCUUUUAUGAACAACAAGUUUGGGAUCAAGACAAUGUUGGAAACAGAAGAAGGAAUCCUGCUGCUGGUCAGAGCCAUGGACCCUGCUGUCCCCAAUAUGAUGAUUGAUGCAGCCAAGCUUCUGUCUGCUCUCUGCAUUCUACCACAGCCUGAGGAUAUGAAUGAACGAGUUCUGGAGGCUAUGACAGAGCGAGCAGAGAUGGAGGAAGUAGACCGCUUCCAGCCUCUCUUGGAGGGAUUAAAGAGUGGAACUUCCAUUGCCCUCAAGGUGGGAUGUCUACAGUUGAUCAAUGCCCUCAUCACUCCUGCAGAAGAACUUGAUUUCAGAGUUCACAUCCGAAGUGAGCUGAUGCGUUCAGGUCUGCAGCAAGUGCUUAAGGACCUGCGGCUGAUGGAGAAUGACGAUAUGAAGGUACAGCUGGCUGUGUUUGAUGAACAAGGGGAGGAGGAUUCCUAUGACCUGAAGGGAAGACUGGAAGACAUACGAAUGGAAAUGGAUGAUUUCAAUGAAGUUUUCCAGAUCCUCCUGAACACGGUUAAGGAUUCAAAGGCUGAGCCACUUUUCCUGUCCAUCAUGCAGCACCUGCUGCUGGUUCGAAAUGACUACGAAGCCAGACCUCAGUACUAUAAGCUGAUAGAUGAAUGUAUAUCCCAGAUAGUGCUGCACAAGAAUGGUUCUGAUCCUGACUUCAAGUGCCGACACCUCCAAAUAGACAUCGAAGGGUUGAUUGAUCAAAUGAUUGAUAAAACAAAAGUGGAGAAAACUGAGGCCAAAGCUAUAGAGUUGGAAAAGAAGCUGGACUCAGAGCUAACUGCCCGGCAUGAGCUACAGGUCGAGAUGAAAAAGAUGGAGAGUGACUUUGAACAGAAGCUCCAGGACCUACAAGGAGAGAAACAAACAUUGGAUGCAGAGAAGCAACAAUUAGCUACUGAGAAAAAGGACCUGGAGGCUGAAGUCUCUCAGCUGACUGGAAAGGUUGCCAGUUUGUCAAAGGAACUGGAAGAUACCAAGAAGGAUAUGGCUUCUCUCUCAGCUGCAGUAGUCUCUUCUGUUCCUCUUGUUCCUCCUUUGCCUAGUGCCUCUAACAUACCCCCUCCACCUCCACCCCCUCCUUUACCUGGUGGCGUUUCUAUACCUUCUCCACCCCCUCCUCCUCCCCUGCCUGGUGGAGUUGGCAUUCCUCCUCCCCCUCCCCUGCCUGGUGGAGUUGGCAUCCCUCCUCCCCCUCCCCUGCCUGGUGGAGUUGGCAUCCCUCCUCCCCCUCCCCUGCCUGGUGGAGUUGGCAUCCCUCCUCCCCCUCCCCUGCCUGGUGGAGUUGGCAUCCCUCCUCCCCCUCCCCUGCCUGGUGGAGUUGGCAUCCCUCCUCCCCCUCCCCUGCCUGGUGGAGUUGGCAUUCCUCCUCCCCCUCCCCUGCCUGGUGGAGUUGGCAUUCCUCCUCCCCCUCCCCUGCCUGGUGGAGUUGGCAUUCCUCUUCCCCCUCCCCUGCCUGGAGGGGCUGGAAUGCCCCCACCUCCUCCCCCUUUACCUGGUGGUGCUGGAAUCCCACCACCCCCUCCAUUCCUAGGGGUUCCUGGCAUACCUCCACCUCCCCCAGGAAUGGGUGUGCCUCCUCCCCCCCCUGCAUUUGGGGGUCUGGGAGUGACUGCAGCUCCAGUUCUGCCCUAUGGAUUGGCUCCAAAGAAGCUUUAUAAGCCAGAGGCACAGCUUAGAAGGCCAAACUGGUCCAAGUUUGUUGCUGAGGAUCUCUCCCAGGACUGUUUUUGGACAAAGGUAAAGGAGGACCGGUUUGAGAACAAUGAGCUGUUUGCCAAGCUCACACUCACCUUCUCAGCCCAGACAAAAACUUCCAAAGCCAAGAAGGAUCAGGAAGGUGGAGAAGAAAAGACAACACAGAAGAAAAAAGUAAAAGAGCUGAAGGUGUUGGAUUCAAAGUCAGCCCAAAAUCUCUCAAUCUUCCUGGGUUCUUUUCGUAUGCCCUAUCAGAAGAUCAAAACUGUCAUCUUGGAGGUGGAUGAGGCCGUUCUGACAGAAUCUAUGGUGCAGAAUCUCAUUAAGCAGAUGCCAGAGCCAGAGCAGCUAAAGAUGCUGUCAGAACUCAAAGAUGAAUAUGAUGAUCUGGCUGAAUCAGAACAGUUUGGUGUAGUGAUGGGCACCGUCCCCUGCCUUCGAGCCCGACUCAAUGCUAUACUCUUCAAGCUGCAGUUCAAUGAACAGGUAGAAAAUAUCAAGCCAGAGAUUGUUUCUGUAACAGCUGCUUGUGAAGAGGUACGGAAGAGUGAGAACUUUUCUAGCCUCCUGGAAAUAACUCUGCUCGUGGGCAACUACAUGAAUGCUGGCACCAGAAAUGCUGGUGCCUUUGGCUUCAACAUUAGCUUCCUCUGCAAGCUUCGUGACACCAAGUCCACUGAUCAGAAGAUGACACUGCUGCAUUUCUUGGCUGAAAUGUGUGAGAACGACUACCCUGAGGUCCUCAAGUUUCCUAAUGAGUUGACCCAUGUGGAGAAGGCUAGCAGAGUCUCAGCUGAGAAUUUACAGAAGAACCUGGAUCUAAUGAAGAAGCAAAUUUCAGAUGUAGAACGAGAUGUUCAGAACUUCCCACCUGCCACUGAUGAAAAUGACAAGUUUUUGGAAAAAAUGACCAGCUUUGUAAAGGAUGCCCAGGAACAAUAUAACAAGCUGCGGAUGAUGCAUUCUAACAUGGAAACCCUCUUUAAGGAACUAGGAGAUUACUUCCUCUUUGAUCCUAAGAAGAUGACUGUAGAAGAAUUCUUCAUGGACUUAAACAAUUUCAGGAAUAUGUUUGUGCAAGCAGUCAAGGAGAACCAGAAACGAAGGGAGACCGAGGAAAAGAUGCGUCGAGCAAAGCUAGCCAAAGAGAAGGCCGAGAAAGAACGAUUAGAGAAGCAACAGAAGAGAGAACAGCUGAUAGAUAUGAAUGCAGAGGGUGAUGAGACUGGUGUGAUGGACAGUCUCUUGGAAGCCCUACAGUCAGGUGCAGCAUUCCGAAGGAAGAGAGGACCCAGACAAGCCAACAGGAAGGCUGGAUGUGCGGUCACCUCUCUCCUCGCCUCAGAGCUGACAAAGGAUGAUGCCAUGACUGCAUGUUCUGCUAAGGUGCCCAAGAUGAGUGAUGGAGCCCGGAACAUAAACGAUGAAAAUAAAGAAUUGGUUGGUCGUGCCAGCUAGGCCAGGGCUUGGCAGUAACACUGGCUGGACAGCUGAGCCCAUGGCAGCCCUGCCUUGCAGCAUGAAUCUAAGGGGUCAAGUGGGAUUUCUUCUAUGGCAACCGACCUUCCCUGCCUCCUUUCUUUGGCCUGCUGCUCUCCGUGUUGCAUACACAGCUUCAGCUGUCUGGAGGCCAGAAGGAAAGGGCACCGUGGAAGAAGGCCUGGACACCCACUCGGCACUGGCUGUUGCAUUACCAAAGCAGGGACCAUCUAUGCUGCCUUAACUCUUAACUGUUUUUCCUUUGUUAUUGUGAUGCCACAUCUCAGGCGGUGCCCAACCUGCUUCCUCAGUCCCUGGCUCCAAAGGGGCUUACCCCAAGGUCAAUCUUGCUGGUUUUGUGUUCUUUCUGCUGUCUUGUGCCCUGCUGUGGCUUCUCUAGCCCUAGGAACUGCAUGGGGCUCUCGAACUGUCUGACCAUAUUCUUAUUACAUCUCCUAUUGUUGCUGCCAUUCAUGCUUUCUUCUCCCUCUCUCCAUUUGCUAUUGAUAUUUAUUGCUUGUGGUGAGGUGUUGGCUGCUGCUUCUAAAGAGGAGCAGCUCCCACCUUCACCCCACCCGCAGGGAAGGACCUUUCCUUCCAGCUUCACAAAGCAAAAAGAACUGGACCACUAUUAUCCAGCUAUGGCAUGAACUAAAGCACCCAAGGAAAAAUGACCCUAGAGUCUGGGCAUUGCUGGACAGGGCAGCCUCCCCACACCCUCAGCUUAACUGAGUGUCCUUGCUUACUGUCCCUCCAACCUUUUGUCUUCUGCACUUGCCCCUCUACCCACUGCCCUUGUUAUUCUUAGGGCCUUGGCUCAUCCCCACCUGAAGUUUCAGCUGUUAGAUAGCUGCGCAAGGCCCCUGCCUUCUCCAAGUCUCCAGGGAAAGGGGAGGCAGAGCCUCCUGGCUAAGAAAUUGUUUUGCAAAUGGAUCUAUUUUUGUAUAAGAUGUUGUUUUUUAGAAAAUAUACAAAAAACCCACCCCUGCUCCCUGCCCCCUCUCCAUCCUGAAUGUGAGAGUUCUUAGAAUUUCUCCUUUUCACUUAUCCCCAGAGACCAAGACCCAUCUUACUGCCCUCAUCUGAACCUGUCCUGAUGGGCAGGUUCAAAUUCUAAGUCCCAAGCAAUAGUUGUGAAUUAUCAAUUUCUGAGAUCUGUGGAUGGCUUGGUACCUUUUCCCUGACCAGACAAGGCCAGGCCAAGGAGCCGAGAGGACCCAGGUACUGCUGAGUUUUUUUUUAUAAAUUUAAUAUAUUUGAAGAGCCAAAUGUGCAAAUGCUAACUGGGCACCAUGGGGGAGGAGAGAGGUACAGAUUAAGAGUUUGGGGAGGGGGGUGGAAUCAUGUGAAGAGGAGGCUCCAUAGGCACUGUGCCCUGCACUGGAUACAAUUUUGUGCCAUAUCCCCUAGCAAGAUAAAGCUAGAAUUCCCAAAUAUAGGGGAUCAUCCCUGCCCUCCUCAUGUCCCCUUCACUUUCUUAUUCAUAGAUAAGAAGAGGAGAGUGGGACCCUCUAAGUUUAAUCCCAGGAAUGGUAGUUCCUGGGACAAGAGAAAUGGUUAGGAGGAAGGGCCAUAGGAAGAAAUCUAGAGGCCUCAAGGGUAGUAGAAAGGGAAUUCUGGGAGUUGGGGAGGUCCAAAAUCCUGGGCCUAGAAUUUGGGGCAACAUACAGCCACUGCUAUAAGAACUUUUUUUAGAGGCUGUGGUAUAGGGAGUACUUGCUACUCUCAUCGUCCCUCCCCGCUGGCUGACACUUGGACUUUGAGCCUUUCUUUUUUUAAAUCACUUUUGCUAAGAUGCAUUUGAUAAAAAAAAUAAAUAAAUAAAGGGCAAGAUACAAAUCUAUUUCCCUCGCCUUUUGGGCUUCUGGGACAUGUCAUCGCCUCUGAUUUGUUGGAUUUAUUUGUUUCAAACUGUUAAUAAAGCAUUGGAACGGUA